AUGGCCGACCAGCACCUAACCCACGCACAAUAUGGCGGGGACACCGAGAAACACACAAGCGACCUGACACUCUCCCACGGCUGGAUGCCGCGUCUGGAGGUCGCUGGUGAAACGGCAAAUGGAGACAUCAGCCCCGAGAGAGCACCCACCAGGAACACACUCCUAACCACGAGGUACUGCUCACAGGGGAAAGCGACCGCAAAGAAAACUACUUACCCAAACGCUCUCCACCUAAACACGCAUCCCCGGCUGCGCGACUCCCAUCAUGGCGGCGGAGAAGGAGAAGAUCAGUGCAGAGCCUCAAAAUGGCGUUGGAGAAACCUAAAACAGCGCGACACACUAGCUACGCGCCCCAACCUACCGGAGCAUGUCGUGGCACUAUGA